GUGUUUUGAACAGUGAAGAGUGAACAUAAAAAAAAAAAAAAGUGUAGUGAAAACAUGGCUCGUACUAAGCAAACUGCUCGAAAAUCGACUGGUGGCAAGGCGCCAAGGAAGCAGCUGGCUACUAAAGCAGCACGUAAGAGUGCUCCAGCAACCGGUGGUGUAAAGAAACCACAUCGUUACCGUCCCGGUACUGUUGCCCUCCGUGAAAUCCGUCGUUACCAGAAGAGCACAGAACUGCUCAUUCGCAAAUUGCCAUUCCAGCGUUUAGUGCGUGAAAUCGCUCAGGACUUUAAAACCGACUUGCGUUUCCAGAGUUCUGCAGUUAUGGCUUUACAAGAAGCUAGCGAAGCCUAUUUAGUUGGCCUAUUUGAAGAUACUAACUUGUGUGCAAUCCAUGCCAAACGAGUGACCAUAAUGCCUAAGGAUAUUCAACUAGCCAGACGUAUUCGAGGCGAGCGUGCUUAAAUUAAAUCUACUCGUGUAGUUACCGUCAGAGUAACUAUUUCGAACACAAUUUUAACGCAAAGCGCAUUUUUAAUACAAAUCGGUCCUUUUCA